ACCGGAGCCAUACCCCUUUCUUCUCCGGAGCCUCUCUCUCAUAACCUUUGGUUUUCCAAAAAAUAAAAAAUAAAAAACAAAAAAGCCAGAUCCACAAAGCUCCAAAAAGGAAAAAAAAAAAACGGAAAACCCGCAGGGUCUCGAUCUCUUCGAUUCGGGAGCUCCAAACGAUGGGCGAUUUCAAUCUCGCUCUCGUAAUCGUUGCCAUAGUCGUGUGCAUCCUCGUCUUCAUCUUCAAUGUCUACCUUCUCGUCAACUACCAGCAUCCCGACGACGCGAACCAGGCAUAUUUCCCCAAAUUCGUCGUCGUUUUGGGGCUCUCCGUCGCCGCGAUUUCGAUACUUAUGUUGCCGGCCGACGUGGCGAAUAGGCAGGCGUGUCGGCACUCGAUAUACAAUGGCGCCUGUAAUCUCACCCUGCCAAUGAAGGAUCUGUGGCUAGCUGUCUACAUUCUAGAUGCCGUGCUGGUAUUCUUCGUUAUUCCCUUCGCCAUGUUCUACUACGAAGGGGAUCAGGAAAAGAGUGUUGGUAAGAGGAUCAAAAGCGCGCUGCUCUGGGUUGUGACGACGGCGAUCGUUUGCGGUCUCUUGCUUGGCAUUUUAUACGGACUGAUUGGAAAGGUGGACUUCACUGUUAUGCACCUUUCUUCAACCACUACUUCCUUCCCUAGUACGUGGGACUUCUCUAGUAGUCAACAGUGUAUUGGAGGCACACACCAGUGCUCUGCAUAUUCUGCAAGUGCUUCUUCAGAGAAAACAUGGACUAUGCGCACUACAUUUCCAGAAUAUGUUGUCGCACUUGCUACCAUUGUCGGAUCUGUACUUUUUGCUAUAUUUGGUGGAGUUGGUAUUGCUUGUCUGCCUUUGGGACUUAUCUUUGCAUUCAUCAGGCGUCCAAAGGCUGUUAUCACUCGCUCACAGUAUAUCAAGGAAGCAACAGAAUUAGGUAAAAAAGCAAGAGAAAUGAAGAAAGCAGCUGACAACCUCCGUCAAGAAGAAAAAAGUGGUUCGAAGGGUCGAAAGUGGCGUAAAAAUGUGAAGGCAGUAGAAAAGGAGUUGCUCCAGUUGGAAGAGGAUGUGAAGCUUCUUGAAGAGAUGUACCCUCAAGGAGAAAAGGCUGAGACUUCGUGGGCAAUGACUAUUCUUGGGUACUUGGCUAAACUUGUGCUGGGAAUUUUGGGGUUGAUUGUUUCGGUUGCUUGGGUUGCACAUAUUGUUAUAUAUCUGUUGAUAAACCCUCCUCUUUCUCCUUUUCUGAAUGAGGUUUUCAUCAAGCUGGAUGAUAUCUGGGGUCUUCUGGGUACUGCAGCAUUUGCAUUCUUCUGCUUUUACCUUCUGCUUGCGGUGAUUGCUGGGGCAAUGAUGCUUGGUCUGAGAUUAGUUUUCAUUACUAUCCACCCCAUGAAGUGGGGAGCCACUCUUAUGAACUCUUUUCUAUUUAACGUUGGUCUUAUUCUUCUUUGCUCCAUCAGUGUGAUACAGUUCUGCUCUACAGCAUUUGCAUACUAUGCUCAAGCAACUGCAGCACAGGAAAUAUUUGGCCACACGCUGCAAUCACUUCGUGGAAUUAGAUAUUUGUACAAGUACAACGUGUUUCAAAUUGCCUUUGUUUGUCUUGCGGGAUUGACCUUUGUGUAUUACGCUGCUUUUGGAUGGAGAAGAAGAAAACCCAGUGGCAGGUUUCAACUUUCCACUUAAGGUAUGUUAUGCUUAGAAGAGCAUGCACCCACCUGGUGGUGUCAGAUUUUCAGUUAAUUCUCUCUUUUGGGGCGAUUUCAUGUCGGAUGUGUAUAGCCAAUUUCUGCUCUACGUUGAAAGGUCUGAUUUGGAAGGUCAGAAAAGUAGGCAGAUAUCAUCCAAGUUGAAUUGGGUUGCUGCAGUGAGAGUGGCGUGGUGAGUGCUGCGAAUGCUGCUACUGUUUAUUCUCUCUCUCUCUCUCUCUCUCUCUCACAUUCUGUAUGUAUUAUACCUUUGUUUAACUUGUGUUAUAUAUUGGCUUGGGCAGCACACGUGGGAACAGGGUUUUGAUAAUCUACCCUUGAUGUAAUAUAGCCAUCGAGCACAAAAAAGUUGUAAGAGCCAUCCGUUUUUACGAUUCAUAAUUUUGUGUUUAUACUUUAUGUUGUCUUGUACUAAGUUCGAAAAGUAUUAGAAAGGCUGAUCAGAAGAAAAGCCUUUGCGUGCUAAGGAAGAUUAUGGAAGUUGUUUGAUUUGAUUAACGUGUUCUGGAUUUCAGC